AUGGCAUCCGGGAAUAGGCGUCGAGCCUUGGUCAUUGGGGGUGGCUUCUCCGGUCUCUUCGCUGCGCAUGACCUUUCGACCUUUGUCCAUCCCGGUCAUUAUGAAGCUCUAUCAUUCACAUAUCAACAUGUGCUAGAGCGCAAGAGGGGUAUCAAGUUCCUAUGGGGUGAAGUGAAACAGUUGGAUGGUAGCCGUUUGGUAGCUCAUGUAAAGCCUAUGUUCUCUGAGACCACUGAAGAGGUCCCCUCUGAUUACUGCAUUAUUGCAGCUGGUUGUAACUUUGGUGUCUUCCACAAGAUGCUCGACCUGAGGGGUCUUGGCCUCAUCGAUGAGAGGUUCAUCGAGGGACGGGGUAAACGUAUUUUUGAAGAGCAUGAGAAGCUGAAGACUUUGAAUAAGAAGAAGGCAUCAGUUCUCGUUGUUGGUGCUGGUUUCAUAUGCCUCGGUCCUCUACCGAACUCUGCUGCUGAUGAUUGCAAUCACUACAUGAAGGAGAAAAGUAUCAAGGUUACUUACGGUAUCAAGUAUGCUCCUGAUGAUCGGGCAUUUUUCAUUAAGAUAGAGAGUGAUAAGAAAGAGAAGGAUGUUAAGAAACGUGGUCCUGGUGGUGGUGGAUGGAUUCGUGUUAACAAUAACCUACAAGUCACUCAGUUGAAUGAUGAUGGUUCUGAAUCGCUAUUCGGUGGAGGUCACAUCUUUGCCGUUGGUGAUUGCAACUUUUCGUCACACUUGGUGGACAUGGGGUGCUGGUAUGUUUGCUACUUCACUCGGUCCCAAUGA